AUUAUCUCUUUUGUAAUUAAUAGCAAAAGUACUGUCUUCAUAGAUUAUACACAUACACACGCGCGCGUUUGCAUAUAAGCGCGUACAACACACAUACACACAUACACACACACGUUUAAAGAAUAUGAGUUUGGUAAUACUAACGUUACUUUCUGUGCAUUCUUAUUACAGUACAUUUAACUAGUACGUUGAAAAAUGGAUGCAACUAAAGCCUCGGAGACAAACAAAGAGUUUAAGGAAAAAGAAUAUGCUUUUUAUUCGCCCGAAGAACAAAUGUCUGCAUUUUUAUACGUUGGAAAAGAACUUCCUCUUUAUCUGCCAGAAAAUUUGAUUGCCCAUCAUUAUUUUUUAACAAUUCAUCUUGAAUGUAUCGAAAAAUUAGCUGCAGAUGAAAAUAAAUCACUAUUGCCAGUUGAAAUAAUUCUAAAGGCAUUCGAAAGUAAUCUUGUUCCUCAUUUUGAGACAUUGAUAUUCGCAUUGGCGGUAUGUUGCAAACAAGUUUAUAGCGAAAAUUUACGUCAUGCGGCUUAUUCGUUAGUAGGAAAGAUUUGUUCAUUGCCAGAACAUUUUAUUCUAUUUAUCAAAUUCAUAUCUGAAUUAAGUAAACGCAAAAUUUCAAUGGAACAACCUGUUAAUCCUGGUCAUGGAUGGGGUCAUGGAUUGCGUAAAACUGUUAAUAAUUGGUACCUUUCCAAGGAACCUUUAGAAUUAGCUAAAUGUGUAACACGAUGUAAAGGCAGACACGGAUGGAAGCACAAGGAUAUAAUCAAACUCUCUCAUCCACAUCCUGAUACACCAGAAAAAGAAGUGAUACUUAAGUACAUAAUGCAUGGUUUGGAUGAAACUAAAAAAUCCUUUGGCAAUAACUUAAAUGUACAAGAACUGAUUGAAUAUAUCGAAAGGAUUGAAAAUUUCAAACAUUGCAAUGAUAUAGUUCAGGCAGCUGGCCUUUUAGAAAAGUACGAAUUAACCUUAGACCAUGUCCCUGGUCAUAUGUUGAAAUCUACAGAGAUUUGGAAUUCAUUGGUAUCAACAAUGGAUUUAGAUACGCUUUGGCGUAAUUUGCAAAGAAUACACAAUUUGGGAUUAUUGAAAGCAGAUGCUCCAAUUAUUGACAAAAUAAUAGAUGAAAUUACUAAUAAGGACAGAUUAGCUUUCAGCAAUAUACAUCCAAUACUUGUUUACAUUACUUUACAAAAUUAUCUACACUCUGGAAAGCCAUUGUCAUACGAGAAACGAAAAAUGAAAGUACAAGCAAAGAAACCAUAUCGUCCUUCGCCAAGACCAAACUCUAAGAUUAUAAGUGCAUUACACCAAGCCUUCGAUCUUUCAUUUUUGAAUCUAAAAUCUACUGGAUUGCGUUAUAUGAUAACGAUUGAUGCUAACAAAGUAAUGUGGGGGUCUAAGACGUCGCGUAAUGGGACUGUGAAUGGGGCAGAUGCUGGUUUCUUAAUAGCGUAUACGCUUUCUCGAUGCGAGAAAGACGUCACUGUCGCUUUAUUUGACAUCAUCGACGUUGAUAUUGUCAAUUUGAAUCAGUCAUUAAGUUUCUUUUCGCUAAGUACCACAUAUCAGUUUAAGUCAAAGAAAGAUAUUCGAUUAAGUAACCCUAUUAAAUGGGCCUCCAAACAAAAUUAUCAGUAUGAUGUGUUUAUUAAUGUUGUGAACGAUAUAGUAAACUACAACGAAUGCGAAGAAAACUUUGAAGAAUAUAAAAAACAAAUGAAUCUUCCCAACGCAAAAUUAAUAAAUUUCGUUGUUUCUUCUUCAAAAGCGUACAAAGAGGAUUUAUACAACAAAAACAUUUUGACAAUUUACGGUUUCGAUGCAACCGUGCCUAUGGUUAUACAAGCUUUUGCAAAGUCACUCUUUUGAAGAAAAUCAGCUGUACUACAAUAUGCUGUACUCAUGAUUUAAUUCUUCAUUUUCACGAAUAAGAAAUUUAGCGUUUUUAAUUGGAUGACAUAUUGCAAAAUGCAAAAACAAUUUUUAUAAAGGUAAAUCUCUACUAAAAUCAUUCAUUUCUAUACGAUUUAAAAAAUCGAUCCUACAAUAAUUCUAACAAAUUUUGUAUCGCUCAUUCGAUGAAAAUCUAUUUUGAGUAGAGACAAAUUUACAAGAAAUUAUGAAACAAUAAUGUUUCAAUCUUAUUAAGGAAUGAAAUUUCAAAUAGAAAGUUCUGUAACAAGUGAUGAUGAACGUAUUUAACAAUAAUUACAUUGCGUAAACUUUUCUAUAUCGUUUCAUUAUAAAAUAUUAAUAUUAAGUCAAUGACGGUAUAUAUUGCAUUUUUCUAGCAACUAUAGAUCUUACACAUUAAGUAUAGAGUCCAAUACGUUUCUUGUUAAAAUUUGGAAAAAAAUGCAAUUCCAUUUUAGAUGAUUUGAUUGUUUAAAACAUGUGUACUUGGCAAGUACUUGGCUAAAUGACGUAAUUAAAAGUAACGGCUUAAAAGUGCAGUUUUAUUUUAUACUAUAAAACAAAAAGGAAACAAAAGCUAAAUCAAUGAAAUUACUAGAAUAAGACUGGAUGUAUGAUAUAAUGUCAGUAUAUAACAUAAUCUAUGGUGCCUUUUUAACAUAUUACAAGUACAUAAAAUAUAUUUACUUAAAUUUGUUUGCUCGCUUAUUUCCACUGGUUGGCGGUAAUGCUUUUUAUAAUAUCUUCAAUAAGAUACGUAGAUUCAAGAUGGUAAUCUUUAGAAUGAUAUAUCUAAUGACGACUGGUACGCUUCUAAAUAUUGGAAUAAGCAUUAAAAUGAUAUAAAACAUCGAAAAUUAUCUAUCCCACUGUGAUAUGCAUUUAGUUCCAAAGAAUUUAUAGUUAUAUUAAUAUAAUUUAACCGUUAGAUUUCAUAUUUGUUAUAUCCAAAGUAAUUUACAACUUAAACUGAAAAUACUACAUUACUGAUAUAAUACUGUGAUACACAAAACAUAUUGUUCAAACUAGAAAAAUGGAUAAGCAAAUUAUCAGAGGCGUACCGUGUCUAUUAAUUUGUUGGGUAGUGAUAUCUAUAAAAAUAAUUACUCACAAUAUUCUUUAUAACAUAGAAUAUAAUACAAUGAUAUUUUGAUUUAUCAUUAUUAUUGAUUCUUGAAUUACCAAUCAAAUAAGAAACACAUUUUUGACAUUAUUCAAAAGUACAGUGUAAAUUGUUCUUAGAUCCGAAAGAAAUUUAAAUUAACCCAUUAACUGCCAAAUUAUUUUUGGGUA